CCUGCUGUCCUGAGGUGUGCGGUGCUGCGGAACAACUGAAGUAGCUCGUCAAAGGUGCGUUGCAGAUGAACGGCGCUGCUCCGUGAGAGCAGGAAGGAAGGGGAAGGGGAAGGGGAAGGGGGGAAAUGGCGGAGCGGCACGGCCGACGGUGCGCCUGUUGAGGAGCGACUCGAGGACACGCACACGCUCAGCCGUCAUGGAGGACUCGGAGCCCGCAGAGGACGGCCUGCUCGCCGGCUUGCGGUGGAACCGGAGCGCGCGGGAUCAAGCUCAGCUCAAGCACAAAAUCCGGGACCUGCCGGGACUACUUAAGCACGGGCUGCACCUGCGGAAGAAGAGCCAAUCACCUGACACAAUCCCUGGACCAAGUGCUGGCUCUACGGUAAACAAGUCAUGCUCCCAGAGUUUUCCUUGUGCUGGUCGAGCUGUGAGAAAUGGCUUCCUGUCGCAUGGACCAUAUCCAGCUAAAGACAAGAUACACCUGGCCAGAAUCAUACGGCGCAGUUAUGUGGGUGUGGAGCUCGUGCAGUGGCUGUGUGAGCAGUGUGUGUACGUGCGCUGUCGGACCACCGCUGUGCGCGUCUGGCAGGUGCUGCUGGAGCUGGGAGUCCUCCUGUCUGUGGACCAGCGCGUUGUCUUCUCAGACUCCAACACUUACUACCAGUUCAGUUUCGAGGAGUGCGACUCGACCUCCUGUGAGUUUCGCGCCAAUGAAGCGGAUUGGCCAGAGGCUGUUAGGCUCCUGCUACAACUUGCUCCGUAUGUCCAGUUUCGCUCUGGAGACAGAACCAACAGCCCGUCAGAGGAGGACUCUGAGGGAAACCGGGAUGUCUGCAGUGAGAUCCUUCAGAUGAACGCGCUAGAAAGGCUCACAUCCACAGUACAAAGUGAGUUGGCAGCUGCUCUUGCCCGAAAGACGCGCAAAGCUUUAUCAGAGCAGGACUCUGACAUGCCGGAGACGAGCCAGCAAGCCGUCCGCUCACCAAGUGCAGAGACCAGCCCGCUGGGCGGCAUGUGUGCUCUGCGAGUAGGUGGAGGCAACGAUGGCGGAGGCGGCGGGACUGUGUGCGGCCGUGAGGAGCUGACCACCCGACUGGGCUUUGAGGCCGUUCAGCGGCUGGCCAAGGAUGGCUGCCGACUGCUGCAGAACCACAACUACCGGUUACCUGACAGGAACCAGGCGGAGGUCGUUGGGAGGGUUUGUCUGAAGGAGCGAGGAAGGGACGUGUUGGUGUUGCAAAGAGUAACAUCGUCACUGACGUCACCAUCAGAACGGCCCUCGCCCACUUCGUUGGGGGACGGGUCCAGAGAGGAAGACAAAAGGUAUGUGGUGGUGUCUGGAACGCCGCUGAAGAUUUUGGAGCAUCUGCUAAGUGACCUGCGUCUAGACGACCAAAGAGGAGCGCCUGAGAGCAGGGAGAGUGAAAUGCUGUUGGAUGACUUCCUGUUAACCUACCUGGUGUUCAUGUCCACCAACGACCUAUGUCAGGCUCUACUGGGACACUAUAGCAGUGCACGCGGCCGAGGCCAGGAGGAGGGCAAGGAUACUCUCUUCAGGAAGCGCAAGGUCCUCCAGCUGGUCUCCCACUGGAGCCGACUCUACAAGGACUUCGUCAAGGAGGAGGAGCAUGUUCGGGGUUUCAUGAAGACUCUUUACAGGUGUGUCCUAGAGGAUCUGUAUGAGUUUCCGACGCUUGAGAAAGACCUCAAAGAGUUCCAGAAGCUUCUGCGUCGUAGGCACACAGUGGAUGACUGCCCACCAAAUCAAAAGAGCAAACAAAUGCACCAGCAGUUGAGUUUGAAGGAAAACUGUUUGCAACUCCGCUGUCCGCAAUCUGAGACUAGAGAAGUUAUUUGCUGUGUUUACGUAAGCACCGACUCCUACCUGAGUGUUCACACGCACCCUUCUUUGGAGGCCCACGAGCUGCUAAGAAUUGUCAGACUGAAGAUGGACAGAUCAGAAGAAGACAUGGUGCUUGCUGUGGUCUCCCACACCGGAGAGCGCAGGACGUUACAGCCCAGCGACUGCGUGUAUUCAGAGUCUCUGACCCCACAGGGCAAGCUUGUAGUCUGUCGCAGGGAUCUGGCCGAGAUCUUGCCCCCUUUAACGGACAGUGCUGAGCUCAGCAGGAGGCCAGUGCGCCUUUUAGGGAUCAACACGUGGGAUGUGGCCGCGGCUCUCACGCACCUGGACUGGAGCCUCUUCAAAUCCAUCCAUGAGCAAGAGCUGGUCUACUACACCAUCAGGCGGAUUCCUGGCGGCGGCCGCACAGCCGCGCUGUCCGUCUUGCUGCAGCGCUGCAACGAGGUCCAGCAGUGGGUUAUGUCCGAAGUCCUCAUGUGCACGUCGCUCACCAAGAGAGUGCAGCUGCUCAAAAAGUUCAUCAAGAUCGCAGCUCAUUGCAAAGCUCAAAGGAAUUUGAACUCUGCCUUUGCCAUCAUCAUGGGUCUCAACACAGCAGCUGUGAGCCGUCUCAACCAAACCUGGGAGAAAUGUCCUGGAAAGUUCAAGAAGCUUUUCGCGGAGUUGGAGCUGAUCACAGAUCCGUCUCUUAACCAUAAAGCCUACAGAGAAGCAUUUAAGAGAAUGAAACCUCCAAAGAUCCCUUUUAUGCCUCUUCUAUUGAAAGAUAUCACCUUUAUCCACGAGGGCAACAAGACCUUCCAUGACAACCUAGUGAACUUUGAGAAGUUGCAUAUGAUCGCGGACACGGUUCGAAUGAUUCGACACUGCCAAAGCGAACAAGCAGGCAAUGAGGUGAUCGGCGUCGACAGCGCGGAGUUGAGGGCGAGUGUUCACUACCUACACAUCAUCGACAAUCAGCAGACGCUCUUCGACCUGUCCCACAAACUCGAACCGCGGGCUUAGUGCGCACGUCCCCUUCAUGGACACAGAAGUAGCACAGCACUGCUGCGGUCAAGCCAGCACUGAUACGUGUGCGACACGCAAGGACGCUGUACAGCACACGUCACACACUCGCACACGCGCGGCAACAAACAACCAGUUGAGGUGCCAAGUUGAUCACAAGGUGCCAUUUGUUUGGACAAAACUAUCAUGUAGACACUGAGCUCACCUCUAUAGGAUAUAUCAACUCUGUGAUCUGAGUAGAGAAGGAUGUAAUUAAGUUGUACAGUAUCUAUUGGACUAAAUAUGACCUUGAUUUGUUUGUUUGUGAUGAGCUUUUGGUUAUUUAUGAGCCUGUCAAGCAGGUGGAAUGUUCCUUUCGUUUGUGCUGUGGCCUCAGUGUACUGUAGGUCAACAGCGACUUGAUGGCCUCGUCAUUUCUGUUACAAAAAAAUGCCGACUGAAGAGUUCAGUGUGUUUGCAGCCAUAAUUUGCUACAUCAUGAUGUCGCCUUCACAUUUGACAAGCCGCCCUGAUUAUACACACGCUCCGGCUCUCGUCACAGCUGCUAGGUGUAUCACGUGGAUGUUUAUUUUGGUCGUUACUUGUGUGGUUUAUUAUGUACCUCAAGAGACAAGUCAGUGUUGAAGCAUUCAUCGAACAUACCUCCGCGUUCAAACCUUUCGCCACUUAAACGUGUCAACUAUUAACAUAGGGAGUGCCACUUUAACAGUGUACAGUAAGACGUUUAAACGCACUGACUGACUCUGAAGCCACAAAUUCUCAAGAGUGUUGAUUGUGAGUUUUUGGUUUUACUGGUUUUCCAUGCAUGUGUCAUGGUUGAUUCAUCUUGCACUUCUCUCACUGAACUAGGUUAUGUGUAUGAAUAGAUACAGAAUAGACAGUGUCAUUGUGUAUUUCUACCCCGUAUGGACCUAACAUGCAUUCUAUAAAAUGUCAAACAGAGUCCCCUGCAGCACAAAUGCAUCGCAAAGCUAUGUUUGGCUUUGUUUUAAUUAGAUUAUUGUAUCCCCUUACAAUGACACCUCGGAAACAAAUCUGACUCAUCUCACAAUUCUUAGUGCUGAUUUAAAGCCCGCCAAGGCUGUCUGAAGUUGCUAUGGAAACAACCUCAUCAAAACCUUUUCUUAGUUAUCGCUGAGUUGGAGAUUCCUAUAUGUCAAGGAGUACUCAGUUCAGAUUUUCUGACAUAGGAUCAUUUUGGACACUUGUAAUGUCACAGGGGCCUGUCUUGUUCAUCAGCAGAAGAACAUUUUUUUCAAAGUGACCAUCGAAUGCAAUCCCAUAGGAGAAUUGUAUCAAAAGGUUUACUGCCUCUACUGAGGUAAUAAUGCGCAUUUGAAUGGCACUAUUAGACAAGAUGUUUUUUUGCACAUUUAAUAUAUCGCUGGCGUCAGACGGCAUUCUCACAUCUCCAAAACCAGAAUUUUUCAGGUCCCCCCCCCUCCCAAAAAACAAAUUAAAAAUGUUUGUUUAGUCAUUAUCAUUGCAUUGUCAAUGAGAUCAUUUGUAGAAAUAACUGACCCGGGUGGGUACUUCACAGUUGUAUGGAUUUAUGGAAAAAUAUGAAAUUGUCCGUAUUUGGACAUUUCGGCCUGAUGUCAGCGAUACGCAUUUUACUUCUCCUGUGUUACUAAACUAGGUUACCAAAAUAUUCGAGAUUAGUGCAGUUCCACACUACUGCUUGAAUAAAUUCCUCUCUGUUGAUCAAAAUUGAGCAUCUUAAUCUUUGUUUGGACUGAAUUUUUGAAACAGUGGAUAUGGAAUCUACACCUGUCUGUUCAAAUGUUACAUUUUUGUGAUGCAGAUUAAAAAAUGAGACCCAAGAUCAUAUCAAAAUGUUCCCCUUUUAAUGAAAAAAAAACCAAAUCUUUUAUAGAAGUACAAAGUACAAAUAACUUAAGACAAUUGGUUUGCGCAAGAGUGCACACUCUCUCAUAACUGCGGAUGUGGCUGAGUUCAGAAUUAACCAAUUACAUUUAAAACCAUGUUAAAUGGGGGUCAGCACACAUCUGCCACAAUUUAAAGAUCCUCAUGAUUAACCCCAAGUAAGUUCAGCUGAAGCCUGAAGGAUUUGUGCUUCUACUGAGUGGUAUUUGGACCUGUUCAUAAAUCCCUCCACCUUGACUAAAGCUCCAGUUCCUGCUGAAGGAAAAACAGCCCCAAAGCGUGAUGCUAUCACCACCGUGCUUCACUGCGGGUGUAAUGUUCUUCUGGGGAUGAGCAGUGUUGUGUUUGCGCCAAAAAUACCUUUUGGAGUGAUGGCCAAAACGUUUAACCUUGGUUUCAUCAGACCGUAAUACUUUUUCCCAAAAGCGUUUUGAGUGAUUUCGAGUGUGUUUUAGCAAAAUGUAGCUGGGCUUGGAGGUUUUUCUUUGUAUAGUAAGGCAUCUUUCUGUUUUGUCACCCUACUCCAUUGCACAGACAUACGAAGAUGAUGGGAGAUUGUUGUCACAUGUACUAAAAGUCAGUACUUGCCAGAAAUUCCUGCAGCCUCCCUGAUCAGUUUUCCGAUAUGUUCAUCAAUUUUGGAGGGAUGCCAAGUUCUUGGUAAUAUGACUGUUGUGACAUAUUUUCUCCACUUUAUGACUCUCUUCACUUUCUUCCAUGUUGUAUUUAUCACAUACACGAUCAAAAUUAUUUCGUACCAUUCUCCUGUCUUGAUAUGUUUGAACACUAAGAUCCCUCUGAUGCUGUGGAAACUCAGAGGACCAUGGCUUGUGCUGAAAGAUGUGAGCUGAGCUUCUUUUGCGGAUAGUCAGAGGCACUUUAAAUGGUGUGUGGCGGAUGUGUGCUGGUUCCCAUUUAACAUGAGUUUGAAUGUGAUUGGUUAAUUCUGAACACUUUCUGUGAUUGGUUAAUUCUGAACACUCGCCACAUCCCCAGUUAUUAAGGGUGCGCAGACCACAGCAUUGCAGUUAUUUUUACUUCACCUCUCAAAAAGAUUAUUUUGCAAUUGCGUUUUAUCUCAAGAAUCUUGCAUUUGAACAGGGGUGUGUAGACUUUUUACACUGUAUAUUGGCCCUCAUUAGAUUGUCUUACUGUCCGAUUUGAUCAUUUCUUUCAUUCGUUGAAAAAGUAUAAAGCAUGCAUUAUCGCCAAUAUUUAAACAACAGAUUUUUGUAUGCUUUUUGGAUAUUAGUGUUUUCAUUGCAAGUCAAAUGGAUGUUGAAAACAGAUUUUAGUGCCAAAUUACAAGACACAUUCCAAAUUCGAAGAAUUACAUGACAGCAAAUAUUAUUACUGGUGUUCAUAUCAGAAUCAGAAUCAGAAUCAUCUUUAUUUGCCAAGUAUGUCCAAAACACACAAGGAAUUUGUCUCCGGUAGUUGGAGCCGCUCUAGUACAACAAACAGUCAAUUUACAGAACACUUUGGGGACAUAAAGACAUUGACAAAAAACAAUUGUGCAAAAAGAUGCAGAGUCCUCUAGCACUUAGAGCAGUUCGAACGACUAAUAUUGCAAUAGUCCGGUGCAAUGACCAUUGUGCAAAGGGCGCUGACGAGUAGUGCGAUCAUCUGGGACAAUGUCGGUUGUGCAAAUGUUACAGAUACUCCUCAAUCAGUGUGCAAAUGGAGCAGAUGCUACUCUGGCAUGAGUGGCCAGUAUAUGCAAAUAGUGCAGCAUGGCGAGACAACUACAGUGAGUGCACAAGUAAUAAAUAAUUGGCCCCACAGAAAUGUGACAACGAACUCAAGUCAAAAAAUUGCCAGCUUGUUGUAAUGGAAUUAUAGGUUAGGUUAUUAUAGGUUAUUCAACUGUAGAUACAACCCAUCCAGCUUCAUUUUGGGAAACGACGACUUGACAAGAUAACCAAGAAGCUUUACUGUCGUGUUUCUCAGACUAUAAACCUAGCAAGAACUCACGGAAGUAGUUGAUGUCAGCCUUUACAAACACACACUCCACUUGAUCGGGUAGAAUGCAGUUACACUGUCCUAUUAGUUAUUUCUUCUAAUAUCCAGUUUAUUUGUGGAUUGCUAGUGUGGCCAAAUGUUAUGCUCAAAGGUUCAACAAUGCAGAAACUGUAUGGAAAGUCGUUCGAGCAUUUAUGGGAUAUCCUUGAUAUGGUAUGCUUUUAUUGUCAAUCCUCAAUAUGCGUGAACAAACGGCUUUCCAUAGAAACUACAUUAUUUUGAGAGGCUUUACAUUUCCUAUGCUGUAGUAUUGUAUUGUGGCCACUUGGGGGCGCCAGAUAAGCUACUGUAGAGCUGCUGGUCCUCUGCUGGAGGCAUUUAUUGUACUGCACUGUGAAUGGAGAAGGGGAAGGGCUCCUCAACGUGACGACUUUAGUGUUGUAAACAGUCAUGACUGUGGAAAGUUUUCCUUAAAGAACUGUGGUUUGAAACCUGUUUUGCAUGAUGAUAACAAAAAAGAAUGAACGCAAUGUAAAAGAGGGCAUGUUGAAGGCUUUGUACUUAUGUGUAAAUUUAUGCCUAUGUACUGUUUUUAUUUAUUUGUUUCAAAUGGUCAGGCGAAAAAGAAAAGUGAACCACAAAGCAAUACAUUCAUGUCUAUUCGAUGUUCUGAAGCCAGAUGUCUUUUCUAUAGAGGUGUUUUACUAUGUGGACAUUUGAACUCAAAUGAAUAAAUUAUAGGUUUUAUGUGAAA